AUGAAAAGUUCUCGUUUUGAGCAGUUCUUCCAUAAAGAGGCUGUGUGGGGAAGGGUGCAGAGAAUUUUAUGGAUGAAGCAGUUUAUCUAUCUAUCUAUCUAUCUAUCUAUCUAUCUAUCUAUCUAUCUCUCCAUUCCAAAAUGCGCAGGAUGCAGCGAACAGAUACUGGACCGAUUUAUUUUGAAGGUCCUUGACAGAUCGUGGCAUUCAAAAUGCCUGAAGUGUACAGACUGUCAUGCCCAGCUCACAGACAAAUGUUUCUCGAAAAACGAUGAAGUUUUCUGUAAAGAUGAUUUCUUCAGAGUUCCUCCAUCUUCGUUUUUCUGCCUCAUUUUAAUUCUCUUUUAUCUAUUCUAUUCCUUCUUUGUCUUCCUCUACUCCCACUUCCCUCUACUUCUCUUCUUCUUCUUCUCCCUCUUCUUCUUCUUCUUCUUCUUCUUCUUCUUCCUCUUUUUCUUCUUCUUCUUCUUUCUUUCUUUCUUUCUUUCUUUCUUUCUUUAUUUAUUUAUUUAUUUCUCUCUUUAUUCAUUUAUUUCUGUCCUUCUUUCUUUCUGUCUUUCUUUCUACCUGUCUCUUUCUUUAUUUCCUCAGAACUUUUAUUUUCUUUUAUCAUUUCGUUUUAUUUUCUUUUUCUUCCGCCAUCUCUUCUUUCGCCAUCUUUUCUUUCGCCACCUUUUCUUCCGCCAUCUUUUUUUUGCCCUCUUUUCUUCCGCGAUCUUUUCUUCUGCCAUCUUUUCUUCCGCUAUCUUUUCUUUCGCCAUCUUUUCUUCCACAAUCUUUUCUUUAACCAUCUUUUCUUCCGCCAUCUUUUCUUCCUUCCUCUUUUCUUUCGCUAUCUUUUCUUCCGCCAUUUUUUUUUUCCAUCAUCUUUUCUUCCGCCAUCUUUUCAUUCGCCAACAUUUCUUCCGCCAUCUUUUCUUUCGCCAUCUUUUCUUAUAUUUUUUCUUUCUUUUUUUAUUAUAUUUUCCUUCUAUUUAUUCCUUCUUUUUAUAUUAUCCAUUUCUUCAACUUCUUCUUAUUCUUCUCUCUUGUCUCCUGCCAUCUAUAUGUUCAAAUUCGAUCAUUUGCUUUUUAUCUCGCUCUACAUCCGUAUCUAAUAUACCUGCGCGCAUGCGUGGCUACUCAUAUUUUUAA